UCGGCUUAUAAAGUGGAUUUGCUCGACGAGGCGGCUGCUGCUGCUCCGCGGACGCGGUAGACUCGGCCGGCUCGCAUUGGACAUCGGCGUCUUGGCCGCGAUGUUUGGGCUUUUCGUGCUUGUGCUGCUGGUGCGCUUCUUCACCACCGAUGCCGGGGACGAUGUUACCUUCAGCUCGCCGUACCACUACUAUUGCGAGCAAGGUUUUUGCAAAAAAACCGAGAUCACGGCAAACGUGACCACACCGCUGGCGUUGAGCGUUUGCCAGUUAUUCUGCGGCGAGGCGCUCUCUCUAUGGCCAAAGCCGACGGGCCACGUAUCCGUCGACAAUGUUGCGAUCAACCUGGACCCCGACAGCAUAACACUGAGCGGCGUCGACUCCCACAGCCAAGUUGGCCAGCUGCUGCGGGAAAACGUCGAACGUCUAAGGCGAAAUGUCAAAAGACUCGCCCCUGGAGCUAAGGGCACUGGAGGGGCUCACGGACUGACCGUCCGGGUAAUCGGGAAAUUCGAUCUCCGGAAAGCCAGUUUGACCCUCGAUACGCCGGAGAACUAUACGCUCAAGGUCUACCAGGACAAUGAGCAUCAGCGGCAGCUGAUCGCAGAAAUAGACAGCAGCAGCUACUUUGGAGCCCGUCACGCCCUCGAGACCCUAUCCCAGCUGAUAGUCCACGACGACCUGUACGACAACUUCAAAAUCCCGGGUGGGGUCCUGAUAAAGGACGGGCCAGCCUACCCAUACCGCGGAAUCCUCCUCGACACGGCCCGCAACUUCAUGGACAAGCCAUCGAUAUUGCGCACGAUAGAUGCAAUGGCCAUGUCCAAGAUGAAUACGUUCCACUGGCACAUCACCGACUCGCAGAGCUUUCCCUACGUCAGCCGCUCGCUCCCCAAAAUGUCCAAGUACGGGGCCUACGCGCCCAGCAAGGUUUACACGGAGGAGGACGUCAAGGAGAUCGUCAGGUUUGGCCUGCUCCGUGGGGUCAGGAUUUUACCCGAGUUCGACGCGCCAGCUCAUGUUGGCGAGGGAUGGCAAUGGGUUGGGCACAACGCGACGGUUUGCCUGAAGGCCAAGCCGUGGCAGGACUAUUGCGUCGAGCCGCCCUGUGGCCAGCUGAACCCGACGAGCGACAAGGUUUACGAAAUCCUGGAGUCCAUAUUCACGGACAUGUUGCGCGACUUCCAGCCGGAUUUCUUCCACAUGGGAGGCGACGAGGUCAACAUCAACUGCUGGAACUCGUCCGACGCGAUCCGCGACUGGAUGGCCGAUCAGGGCUGGGACGCGUCCGAGUCGAGCUUUUACAGGCUGUGGGGCCACUUUCAGGCGAGAGCCUACGAGAAGCUGGCCAAAGCCAAUGGGGGCAAGGAGCUCGGCGCCGUACUGUGGACCAGUGGAUUGACGAGCGAGGAGAACCUGCUCAAGUACCUCGACCCCAAAAAAUACAUCGUACAGAUCUGGACCACUGGAGCGGACGCCACGAUUGGCAGGCUUAUCAAGAACAAAUUCCGGAUCAUCUUGUCCAAUUAUGACGCUCUGUACAUGGACUGUGGGUUUGGUGCUUGGGUUGGUGAAGGCAACAAUUGGUGUUCUCCAUACAUUGGUUGGCAAAAAGUUUACGAGAACGCUCCAAUGAAGAUCUUACAAAAUCAAGGCUUUUCUCGAGAACAAAAGCCCCUGGUCUUGGGUGGAGAAGCAGCUCUGUGGUCAGAGCAAGUUGACAGCACGUCGGUGGACUCACGCCUCUGGCCACGGUCAGCGGCACUGGCCGAGCGUCUCUGGUCUGACCCAUCCUCACCCUGGAAUCACGCUGAGCAACGGAUGCUGCGACAUCGACAGCGCCUCGUCCAACACGGCGUUUACGCAGACAGUCUGGAGCCCGAGUGGUGUAUGCAGAACCAAAAUCACUGUUUCUUGUAAUUUUCAUUUUUACCCUUUCACAAUACCCUGUGUGACUAUAACGUUUCAGUAGAUCAUACACAUACACCUGCAUUGUAUAAUGUAAUCUUGUUUGACGAAAAAGGGCAAUAUUUUCCGAAAACAAAAGGUGGAAAAAAAAAAGUUUAUUGGAAACGAAACAUGUGUAAAAAAUGAUGUGGCUGUGAUUGGGAUGAAUAAUCAUUCUUGCACAAUUGGAACGAAUCAUAAACGAACAAAUGUUUGGGUUAAUCAUAUAUACUUACAAACUUUUACCCAAACUUUUUUUUUCAAACGUGCAUACCACGUGUUAGCACCCGCUGAUCAAUAUACAUAUAUACACACCUGAUAAACCUGUUUAAAAUGUAUUUCGUAUUUCAUCAACACGAUCAGGUUUAACUUGAUUGAUUGAAACGACUUUGGGCUGAAGUAAAACGUAUAUUUUGUACGUGAUCACUGGGGUCAAACUGAUUGUCUCCAAACUGCUGCAAGUGUCAGUUAAAUUACCCCCAUGUCCCGAGUCAGAAAAUUUCCCAAAAAUACAUUGAAACCUAACUUGUUGAAGUUAGAUUUUUUUCGUUAUUCUCAUUUUUUUUAAGGGCCCCAAUCACGUUUUAGCUCCAUACCCUGCAAGGUUAGGUUGAGGGACUUUUAAAUGUACGCGUAUAGUUUAAAAAAGAAUUAAUAAAUAAAUUUAAAAAACGUCGAUCCGUUUUAAAAUGUAAGAAAUCGAUGAAAUUGUAUUUGAUAUUCUUAAUUACUGAAUUGUGUCCAAAUUUUCAAAAAUUUGGAUUGUAAGUUAAAAUAAAUGAUAAUAGAUAGUUUACUUGGGGAAGAUCAGGUUAGGUUAAAUUACAUACUUACAAAAAUGAAGUACAGCUUCAUGAUUUUUUUUCAUAAAUUCAAAGAAUCACAAGACUGCACGCCUACCUACCAGGCACACAAAUUACAGAAGUCGUCAAUAACUAUUUUUUAAUAAAAAAUGUAUUCGAUUUAUUACGCAGCUUUUAUCAGAAAAUAAUAUUCGACGUAUUGUGUUUUAUUUUUUAACAUAAACAAAAACUUACCAUAAUAGAGAUAGGCUGAAGAAGGUUAUAUAUAACAUCUCAAAUAUUACAAAAAAUAUUAAAAAGCGCAGCCUUAGCGUUAAGUCUAUAUAUUUAUAUCCGUUGUAUUUUUUUGUGUAAAAAAUGAAAAAAUUUGUAUCAAAUAUUAUUCAUCAAUUUACUCAGUGGACUAUAUAAAAUCAAUUUUUUUUACGUACAGGUCAAAUUAGACUUUAUCUACUUUGUUUACUUUCGUGUCCAUCAAUUUUUUAAGCUAUACAUCAAAUUGUAUGUAUAGGUGUUACAUAUAAUAUACUGGUAUUGAAUAUCAGUGGGUUACUGUAAAAGGUAUCACUAAAUAAAUACGGCACCACGUCCAAGUACUGGCACGUAGAGGAGCUAAUACUUUUGUACGUAAUAACAAACAUAUUCACUUAUGUCACUAUGAUUAAUAAAUAUGUAUUGGUUAUACUGUAUAACAUUCAGUUAAAAUGAUACAAUUGCGUAUUUUUACGCGAAUUUUUCAUAUUUAUAUUGAAAAUUAAUACAAUAUAAAAAAUGUCAAAGUAUA